UUCACAUUUGUCACGGAAAAAGGAAAAUGAGGUUCAAAAACCAGAAGACCCAAAAUAAUCUAAGAUAGACAAACUAAGGAUGGCAAAAUGCACGCGAGACAUGAAAGCAAUAAUGGCUCCAGCAUCUCAGCAGGUUUGUAACAGAUGUCCUCCAUGUGAUUGGUUGUUCCUUCAGAUAGAAUUUACUGGCAGCAUUUUUCAUUGGAUAAUCGAACAAAAUCAGUAGGUGCAGAACACCUGGGAUUUUCAGCAAAGUUGUACAUCUCAUACGCUGUUGUCUAUGAUAGAAGGCGUUCCAUGUCAAUUGUCAAUCAAUUGUCACCAGUGACAUUUCCAUUUCGGUAUAUCCAAAUUCCAAACAGAUUCCGUGAUUCCGAAUCUCGAGAAUAUCAGAGAACUUGAUAAGUUUAUAGAGAAUAAUAAUGCAGGAAUCAAGAUUACUUGUCAGGUCGUUCCAGAAACUGAAAUAUUGGAGAAACAUAUCGAAAUGUGUCGCUGCGCCCCAAGCUGCCGCAACUGAAGCAGCUGCGGCUCCCGUAGAAAAACUCGUUGUACCUCCUCCCAGUAACGAGGAGAAACCAGUAUCCCCGAAAAUUGAAAAGCUAGUCACAGAAAUUUCGCAAUUAAACCUAAUUGAGGUAUCUGAGCUCAGUGGUCUGUUGAAAAAAAGACUGAACUUACCUGAUGCCCCUGUAAUGCCGAUGGGGGGCUUUGCAGCAGCUCCUGUAGCCAAAGAUGAAGAAGAAGAAGCGCCUCAGAAAGUCAAAUCUAUAUUUACAGUGAAACUGACCAAAUUUGAUGAGAAACAGAAGGUUGCAUUAAUUAAGGAAAUCAAAAAUUUACUGGAAGGCAUGAAUUUAGUGCAAGCUAAAAAGUUUGUAGAAAGUGCACCUACUGUGGUGAGAAACGAGGUACCAAAAGAGGAAGCUGAGAAACUGAAAGCUGCUAUUGAAAAAGUUGGUGGGACUGUUGAAAUUGAAUAAAGCAAAUUCCACAAUUUUGAGUGUGUGAAAUAUUCAUGUUAUAUGUUUUUUGUAAUUAGACAAGUAUUAAAGUGUUAAUAAAAUUAGUUCUUGGUUA